AUGGCUCUGGAAUGGCUAGUCAUCUUUCUUAGCUGCUUUGCACAGCUAAGUGCCGCGUUUUUCAACAAUACUCACCCCAGAGAUCUUGAGUUGGAGAAUAGGUUACUACGGGUACUUUUAAGGUUUAAUUUGGAAGAAGAAUUCAAUACUCUGCUGGUCUAUGGAGAAGAAUGUGUGUUCCAUUCAUUACUAAGACACUUAAGAGUACCCACAGUUAUUGCUGCCUCAGGCAGCACAAAUUACAAUUGGAGUUUUAGUACCUCGACCCUAAUACUAACUUGUGAAUCGAAUGCGGAGAACGAAGAGAAUUCCUACACUCUACUAAAGUUACAGAGAACCAGACGGCUUAUAUAUCUGCAGAAUACGAUUCCACCAGAGUCUAUUUGUAGGAAAUACUCACUCAAGGAGCAACACAACAUUGCCAUGGUCAAGUCUAACUUUGUUCAGUCGGAUAUCAUUUACUCCUGUCGCUUCUUUCAGACACCCAACUUCGAAGAGAUACUCUUCUUCGAGGAUCAACCUGUCUACAUUGAGAACUUUAAGAAUAUGCAUGGAUCUGCUAUAAAAACAGUGCCUGAUCUCUUGGUGCCUCGAACCAUGGUGUACAAAGAUAAAAAGACUGGAGAGACCAAGAUGAGAGGUUACCUGGCCAACAUGAUGAACACCUAUGUCCAGAAAUUGAAUGCCAGUCUGCAGUUUAUAAACAUAACAGAGUUGGGUGUAAAAAAGGCCAGUGUGAUUGAUAUAAUGAAUUGGGCAAGGCAGGAUUUGCUGGACAUUGGCACCGCAUUGUCCAGUUCCAUGCAGUUCAAGGGCACAGAUGAAGUGUGGUAUCCCUACUUGCUCACUGGCUACUGCCUGAUGGUUCCAGUCCCUGCCAAGCUGCCCUACAAUCAGGUUUACUCGAUGAUAGUGGAUCCGGUGGUUCUCAGCAUUAUCUUUGUGAUGCUGUGCGUGUUCUCGAUCCUGAUAAUCUAUACACAAAACCUUUCCUGGCGGAACCUUACUUUGGCUAAUGUCCUGCUGAAUGACAAAAGUCUUCGCGGACUUUUGGGCCAAUCAUUUCCAUUUCCCCCGAACCCCAGUAAGCACCUCAAACUGAUUAUAUUUGUUUUGUGCUUCGCCAGCGUUAUGAUCACCACCAUGUACGAGGCCUAUUUGCAAUCCUACUUCACUCGUCCUCCAUCCGAGCCAUAUAUUCAUGCCUUCCGGGACAUUGGAAACUUUUCGCAAAAGAUGGCCAUCAGCAGGAUGGAAGUUAAUGUCCUAACGACAUUGAACAAUUCACAUUUUCGGGAAAUAAGCGAGGAUCACCUGCUGAUCUACGAAGACUGGUCGGAGUAUCUAGUGCUGCGUGACUCCUUCAAUACGAGCUUUAUCUUUCCGGUUUCUGUGGACCGAUGGAGUGCCUACGAGGAGCAGCAGAAGUUCUUCGCCGAACCUGCUUUUUACCUGGCCACCGAUCUGUGCUUCAAUCAGCUAAUGCUAUUCAGUCCCCCGAUGCGGCGGUUCUUGCCACAUCGCCACCUCUUCGAGGAACACAUGAUGCGGCAGCAAGAGUUCGGCAUGGUGGCAUUAUGGAAGAGCCGCAGCUUCUCUGUAAUGGUUGAGUUGGGCCUGGCCUCCAUGAAGGACCUCAGUCACAUGAAAACAAUUGAGGAAAGCCUUCUGCUGGAUGAUGUUUCCUGGAUACUCAAGCUUUACUUGGGAGCGAUGGCACUGAGUAUUUGCUGCUUCCUACUGGAGAUAUCGCGAUGCGGUGAAAGGUGGAGUCGGUUUUGGAGACGCAGAAGGUGA